AAGUACAUCCUUUAUCCAUUCAGGUUUUAUCAGUGAAGUGUUUUACAUCACGAGUCGAUCGUCCAUUAUUCCUGGGGUUUCCCAAAUGAAGCUUUUAUUGUUAGGAGUGAUACUGUUCCUUCAGACAUCUUUAUCGUGUGGGAAGAGCUCUAAAACAAAAAAUAUAGAUUUUACACAUGGCACCAUUGUAGAAAGAAUAGAAGACGUUUUCAUUACAGCAAGCAAUAUAGUUAUAGAAGUAGAUAUGCAAGCGAUUUUCCUCCCGGAGGAUGUCAUUAACCUAAAGAGUGACCUGUUGAGGUUCGCUGUUUCGUUGAAUGAAAUGCACCAAUGCCAUUUUCCUGUUAAUCCAGAGAGUUCGCUAGCACAAACACUAAGCAUCGCGGAAAUGUUAUCAUACGACUUGCAAAACAAAACUGCCGAGGCAGAAGCUCUGGCUCGAGAUCUGCUGAUGUGGACUGUGCGGCACAAUAACCUCGAAAGACGCAACCCGUUUAUCUUUGCUGCACUAAACAUCUUUGGAUCUGUUGCAAGUUUAGGCUUAGGAAUUUCAAAUCGUCUUAAAAUUAAUUAUCAGAAUAAGAGAAUUGAGUUUUUGCAACAUGAAAACGAACUAGUUUUGUCAGAACGGCGUCACCAAUUAUCAUCAAUUAAUCAAAUAAUGAGUUUGGUGAACGAACAUUCUAGUAAUAUCGAUCAGAUUAUGGAAGUGCAACACUUGCUGGCAACGUUAGCGUAUUAUAGUUCGAAAAUAGAUCAUAUCCGUACCAAAAUUUCACAUUUUAUUGAGAAAUCAAAAGAUUAUAUAGAAGCUAUUACGCUAGCAACAAAGGCUGUUUUAUCACACCAACUUUUGUCUAUUAAAGAUCUGACUUUAACUUUGGAGAACGGACGGGAGAAACUGGGUUAUGUUCCUUUGUUAGACGCCCAUAAGAUAGAAUUUUAUUAUAGUUUAAUAUCAGUAAACGUUGAAAAUUACAGGAUCAUGAUUACAAUUCCCUUUGAUUCUUCUGAUGCCUGGCAAGCAUACAAAAUCGCACCAUUCCCAACUUUCAUGACGAAUAACUCAAGUCCAGUAAUAUCCAAUUUGACGGGACACGUAUUGAUUUCCCCUGAUAGGGAAACUUAUACAGUCAUUAAGGACUUAGAUAGAUUCACUCACUGUUCAGGAGCCUUGAAUAAUAAAGUUUGUGCAACUGACUCCUUUGAAUUCCAUCAUAUAUCAAUGGAUUCAUGCGAGUUAGGUAUAGUUCUAAACGGUUCUCUCUCCCAUUCACACGAAGGUUGUCUGAAAAAACGGCCCACUCCCAGAUAUUCGUUGCAGCUGAUGGUUGCAUCGGGACGUCCACAAACUACACGGUCCGAGGAGUUAACACUAUCAUCAGGGAACGGGCCAAUUUCGCGAAUUUCACGUGGACCAGUAUUGUAAUCCCAUCCUUACCUCUCCCAUACAACGCGAAGGUGGCUCAUCGUUUGACGCAACUAGCUGAGAUGGACCACACGUCACCGACUUAUGCAGGGGGGAAUCUUCAUUUCUACGUGUUGCUGGCUGUGAUUUGCGUUACGGUGGUGAUUCUUAUCGCCGUUAACAUCUUUGCUUGGCGUAGGUUGAGGCGAACACAGAUGGAUCUUCAGAGGAACGUUUUGCAACGUCCAGACAACACUCCUAUCGCGGUGAAAGCAUUUACCGUAAGAGCCAUUUGAAAUUGGGCAUUUCACUUGACUCGGAGGAAAAUUGUCUGGAAUUGAGUUGUGUGUGAAAAGUGGUCCGUACGCUGGCAAUAUGUAGGACAAGAAACUCCGAGACUUUACAUUUCAUUAUAUAUAUGAACAGUUACAAGUAUCUUUCGGGCACCUAAUAAAAUAUUGAAGCCCUAUAUAUUAAAAUAUUGGUGCGUGUACGUACCUGGAAUCUAUAUCUUGUGCACAAUCAUAUCA